GAUCAUUCUAGUGUUCGCGACGACGACGAUUCGCUGGACGACAUCGCAGCAAGUCGCGACAUUUUUCGCUUUCAACAAAAGUGUUUUAAUCGCGGAGAAAACGGGAUUAAAAAGUGUGUGUUUUCCUGUGCUGAAAGCAACCGCAGUAGGCUCUUUGUUCGUGUCCAAGUGAAAAGCGGGUUUGUUGCGUCAGCCGGAACUGGGCGUCUUUUGCUGGAGCAGGAAAAGUUUGCAUUUCUUUUUUCCCGAAGGGGUCAGCGGAAAGAAAAAAGAUGUCUUCUUCGCCGUACAUGAAUAAUAUCAACAACAGCAGCGGCACUAGCGCUAGUGGCCACCAUCACAACAACAACCACAACAACAGCCAAGAGUACGGCGCCGAUCUGCUGCUGGACGGGGGUGCCCCGGGGGAAAGCAACAACCAUCACGCGCAGAACGAUCCGUUCCUGGAGGACGGACCGAUGAUGAUGGGGGCCGCCGCCGGGGCACUCGACGAUGACAACGUUGACGACAGCGAGGAAGACACGGAAGAGGCCAGCGAAACGGAGAUGGGUUCCAGCAGCAACCACCGGAACGCGGACGAACCGAUCGAGAUCAAGGAGCAAAUGUACCAGGACAAGCUGGCCUCGCUCAAGAAGCAGCUGGACGAGCUCCGCUCCGGCACCCACCCGGAGUACCUGCGCCGGGUCAAGAAGCUCGAGCACCAGUACAGCGAGCGUAUCCGGCUGAACGAAAUCUACCGCGAGUACCUGAUCAACUGCGUCGAGCGGGACUACAUCCUGGAGAAGAACGCCGCCGUCAAGGAGUACGAGGAGAAGAAGGUGGACCUGAAGGAGAACCUGAUGACGGACUUUGAGGACCGCCGGAAGAUGAUCGAAACGGAGCGGGCCACGAUGGAGCUGACGGGCGAUUCGGUGGACGUGAAGCCGACCAUCACACGAAAGCUGCGCCGCCGUCCAAACGAACCGCUGCCGGUGCCGGAGAAGCGUCGCAAGCCGACGACCGGGCAGUUGGUUCUGCUGCUGGACGAGAAGGAGGUCGAGAACGAUUUGAAGCUGAUUAGCCGCGGAAAAGCGGCGCAGGUCAUGAGGAACCAUCAGCAGCAGCAGCAACAACAGCAAGCUAACGGCGGAUCCGGAAGUGGUUCGUCCAACUCUCACGCGCAGAUUGCGCCAAUCACAAACAACGGCACGGCGUCGAUCGUCAACAACAGUGUCGUUGCUCCCUCGUCGACGAUCCCGACUCCGACGCCGCUCAUCAACGCCAGCUACCAAAUCAACAGCUCCUCUGUUGGUUCUAGCGUGGCGGCACCGUCUACGACGACGACGGCCACUCCGUCGUCAACGGUCACUUCCAGCGAGCUGACGCUGGCUUUGCCCCAAUCGACGACGACCCCGGCCGUCAGCAGCAGUCCGGUCGUCGUCGCAGCUUCACAACCGUCGCCGGUGGCGACACAGACCGCGUCGCCCGCGCCGACGACGACGACGACCCCGGUCAACGGUCAACCACCGAUGGCGGCCGUGGUUCCGGUCGCGUCCCAGCAGAAUCCAGCCCAGCCGGCGCCGCUGGUCGAGACGCGCAUCGAGGACGGCAAGCUGCUGUACGAGCGCCGCUGGUUCCACCGCGGCCAGCCGGUCUACGUCGAGGGGCGGGACAUUCAGCGCUUCUCCGCCAACAUUUCCGCCAUCGGCAGCGAGGCCAUCUGGGUGAAGAAGACUUCGGACGGGCAGAAGGUGCGCAUCUUUACGAACCAGCUGAGCCGCGGCAAGGUUUCGAUCAAGCGGCGCGCCAACUGAACGGUUCUUCUUUGUGUACUGUUCGUCCCCAUCCAUCUUUUUUGUCUGUUUUGUGUCGCGCGAUCUCAACUCUUUAACUACUUGAGAGCCAGAGAGAGAGAAAAAGAGAGAAAGAGAAAACAAAUCUUAUGUGAAAAUUACAGAAGAAAAAGUACUUCUUCAAAGUCGAGUUCUGCAAACAUGAACAAAACAUUUGCGUAAGGUAAAUGGCAACACGAUUGAUACUGAUUUGAAUUACUUGAACAAUGAAUCAUUCAAAACUUGAAUAAAAAUAAACCAAGAGAGAAACAGAGCAGAGAAAUAGGUAUUGUACUAGCCAGCUUAGGCAGCAGAAGCAGCAGCAUUAGAAGUCUGUGUGUGUGUGAACGAGAAGUAAAAGUAAAGAUGUUUUAAAACCUG